AUGGAAGAUAUCAAGGCAGUAACGAACGUUGGGAUGAUUAACAAGCUUGAUGACAUGAAUAUGCUGACAAGUGUUAAGGAGACCCAAUCACUUCAUGCUGACGGCAAUUGUGGUUACCUCUGGCGUAAUUCUCAUGGGAUCGAUGGUGUAGAGGAACGAGGAAGCAUGCGCUCCAAGACACUCGAACGCAAUCUCUACUCCGUUGAAUCCGUAUAA